AUGCCGAGGCUGGAAGUGAAGGUCUCUGGAUUUACCAGCCCUGAAGGAUUCUGAACACAUCUCUUCUCAGCAAUGAGGAGAUCAAAAGGAUUUAAUAUUUGUGUGGUCACCUGCAGCAUCCUGCUCUUGUCCUCCAGCCUGCCAUGCCUUGCUAAACCUCUGGAGGAGAGGCAUGUGACAAAGGUCCAGCAUGGCCCCUGGGCAGGGAAUGGGCUGGAAGAUGAAAGGACAGGCAUGGUGGACUUGAAAAACAACCUGGACCCUUCUGAGCAGACAGUUUCUGAAGAGCCAUGUGCAGUGUCAGCAGAGCCCUCUGGGACACCCCUGGAUGAAGCUUUCACUGCAGAAGAACCAGCUCGCCCUGCCAGCCAGGGCCUGGGGGGUCACCCCUCUGCUGGGACACUGCCUGCUGUGCUUGAGGAGGAGCUGGCUCCCACUGAGUCACAGCUGGAUGAGGAUGAAGCACUUGGGGCCAUGCUGACCACAGCUGUGACCACGCUGAGCCCUCCAGUCCAUGAGGAGUCUGGUGGCCCCAUUGGUGAGGCUACAACAGAGGGUGGUGUGGCAGUGGAGCCCAGCUCUGCCAGCCCCUCAGCAAACCCCCUUUCUGGGGCCCCUGUGGAGGAGGAGGAGGAAGCAGAGAGCAGCUCACAGACUUUUGCUGUGUCCCAGCCCAUGCUGACCCCCAGCUCUCCCAACUGGGAAGCAGCAAGUGACCACCCUGUCAUCCCAACUCCCCAGGCUGCGGGAGUGACCUCUGAGCUGGAGGUGCUGGGAGCCCACACAGGGAGCCCUCUGAAAUCCCUGGCUCCACCAACCCCUGUGGCUGCUAAACGUCCCCUUGUGGCAACUGAGGCCUUCCUUCACCCAGAAGCAGGGACAGGUGUGACACAAGAGCUGCCCACUACAGCUGGCACUGUCACCAUGCCCCCUAUGGACACUGUGCCACCUGACUGGGAUGACACAAAACUGGGGGACAGCAGCCAAGGAGGAAGCGUGUCUCGUGACAAGGUGACAGAGGAGCUGGGAGCAACAGAACCAUCCCAGACCACCCAGGAAGGUGUGGAGGAGGAAGAGGAUGCCACAAGAGCAGUGCCCUCCCUAGUGUCCCCUCCACCAGCCCCUGAGCUUGCCAAGGAGAACAACUGCACGGUGCCAGUGCGAGGGGAGGAGCUGCCAGCAACUUCCACAGGCAGCAGUGAUGCUUUCCACACUGGGAACCUGUCAGAUGCAGACACAGCUGAUCUUGGCUCGCUGGAAAACAUAAGUGCAGUCACAGCAGAGGAGGAGAAAAGUGUCCCUCGGUCACAGCUGGAGGCUGCUGUGGUGACAGACACCCAGCCUGAGCUCUCCCCUUCUCUGGAGAGUUCAUGGAAAGGUGUUACUCAGGAGGUGACAACAGCUGCCCAGGAGGCUGAUGCUGCUCUGCCAGCUGUGGCAGAGGUCCCUGGUGCUACCCAGGGAGCAGGGGCUGCCAGCUUUCCUCAGGAGAACAGUGGGGAGGACACCCAGGUGCUGAUGGCUCCGAGUGUCACCGAGGUGCUGGUGGCAGCUGGUGCUUCCUCCACAGUGAGCCCUGUGGAUGCAGAAGAUCUCACAGAUGGGAUCCUGGUCACCAGCGAGGAGGCUGCCCCAGCCCCUGGUGGGAUGUCUUCUAGCCCAGCUGGACAGACAGAGGAGCCAUCCAGCAGAACUGUGGUCCUGGUAACUCCAGCAUCAGUGGGCUCCUCUGUCAGGAGAACAGCCCUUCCCUCUGAGAGGAGGAGCAGCACCGCUGUGACCUACGGGCUGGAGCGCCUGGAGUCAGAAGAGGGUGAGGAAGAGGAAGAGGAUGAAGAGGAGGAGGAGGAAGAAGAAGAGGAGGAAGAUGAGGAAGACAAAGACAUAGACCUGAUGGAUGAAAGCCUGGAGGGUGACACGGGGCUGCCAGGCUUCACACUUCCAGGAGAGACUUCCCAGGAGCCCCUGGCUGGUCUGGAAAACCCUGUGGCCCAGCUGGCUGGGGUAUCCUACCAGGUUCCUGACACCAUUGAGUGGGAGCAGCAGAACCAGGGUCUGGUGAGAAGCUGGAUGGAGAAGCUGAAAGAUAAGGCAGGAUACAUGUCAGGGAUGCUGGUUCCUGUGGGAGUUGGAAUCGCCGGAGCCCUCUUCAUCCUGGGAGCACUCUACAGCAUAAAGAUCAUGAAUCGCCGCAGGAGAAACGGCUCAAAGAGACACAAAAGGAAGCAGAGGGAAUUUAACAGCAUGCAGGACCGAGUCAUGCUCUUGGCUGACAGCUCUGAAGAUGAAUUUUGA